AUGCGAUACCUCAAGUCGUCGGCGCUGCAGAUCUGGUUACUGGGUUACGAAUUCCCGGAGACCGUCAUGGUGUUUCUGCUGGGCGGGGGAGCCGGCGGGGAAGGCGGCGGAGGCGGCGGAGCGGUGCACGUGGUGUGCAGCCAGAAGAAGGCGCAGCAUCUGGAGGCCGUCAGGCGCGUGUGCGCGGAGAAAUCCGGCGGAGUGGAGAUGGUGCUGCACCCCAAGCCUCGCAGCGAGGACGGGUCCUCCCAGAUGACACAGGUCAUCGACGCCAUCCGUACCUCCGGCGCAGGCUCGGCAGACGGAGGUCCGGUGCGGCUGGGCGUGCUGGCAAAGGAGGCGCCAGAGGGGGCGAUCAUGGAGAAAUGGGCGGCGGCAGUGGAGGCAGCAGCGGGUGGGGGCGAGGGCGGGGAGAGCGGUGGAGAGGGGUUGGAGACGGUGGACGUGGGUCCUGCGCUGGGGGAUGUUCUGGCGGUGAAGGAUGAGGGCGAGGUGAUCAAUAUCAAGAAGGCCGCGUUUCUCAGUUCUCAGGCGCUCAAGGCGUUCGUGGUACCCAAGAUGGAGGUGCUGAUAGACGAGGAGCGCAGCAUGACGCACGCGGAGCUGAUGGAGCAGACAGAGGAGGUCAUCACCGACCCCGCCAAGAUCAAAGUCAAGCUCAAACCCGACAACUGCGACAUCUGCUACCCGCCCGUCUUCCAGAGCGGGGGCCAGUACGAUCUGAGGGCGUCAGCAGUGAGCAGCGACGACCCCCUGUGUUACGACUCCAUGGGUGUUAUCAUCUGUGCCAUCGGUGCCAGAUACGCCUCCUACUGCUCCAAUGUGGCCCGCACCUACCUCAUAGACGCUACCAAAGCACAGGAGAAGGCGUACCAGGUGCUAUUGCGAGCACAGGAAGCGGCGAUUGCGGCGAUCAAGCCGGGGGUGCGGCUGGGGGACGUGUACCGGGCAGCAGUGGCAGUGGUAGAGAGGGAAGCGCCAGAGCUGGUGCCUCAUCUCACCAAACACGCCGGCACUGGCAUAGGCAUCGAGUUUCGAGAGGCUGGACUCACUCUCAACGCCAAGAACGAGCGGACGGUGAAAUCAGGCAUGGCGUUCAACGUGGUGCUGGGGCUGCACGGCCUCACCAACCCCGAGGCCGGGGGGGAAGAUGGAGCCGAGGCGAACGGAAACGCAGAGGGCGCGGGAGGCAAGGAUGGGGGGAAGGACGGGGGGGAGGACGGGGGCAAGGAGGGGAAGGGGGGGAGUGCGAAGCUGAGGAAGUAUGCGUUGCUGGUGGCGGACACGGUGGCGGUGAGGGGCGCUGCUGACAAGGACCGCUGGGUGGACGUCGCCACUGCCUCUGCCUCCAAGUCGUUUGCUGAUGUGGCAUACUCCCUCAAGGGAGAAGACGAGGAGGAGGAGGAGGCAGACAAGGGGAAACGGCCGGCAGAAGCAGCAGGGGCAGGAGAACCCGCUGUGUUCGCUCGUGCUCACCUGCGGUCGGAGAACCAAGAGGCGACAAAGGAGGAGCUGCGGCGGCAGCACCAGGCGGAGCUGGCGAAGCAGAAGAUUGAAGAGACGGCCCGGCGGCUGGCUGCGGGGGGGCUGGGUGCACGUGAGGGCGAGGGGGCGAAGAGGCAGACGGGGGACCUGGUGUCGUACGGCGAUGUGGACGAGAUUCCCCUUGCGAUGAAGGAUUACAAGAUCCAGGUGGACCAGCGCCACGAGUCCGUCCUACUCCCCAUAUACGGGCUGCUCGUGCCGUUCCACGUGUGCAUGAUCCGCAACGUGACCAGCCAGCAGGACGGAGGGCACAUCUACAUCCGCAUCAUCUUCAACGUGCCCAGUGCUGGCUUCAGCGCCGCCGACCUGCCCAUGCAGAAGUUCCCUGACAGCAUCUUCAUCAAGGAGCUCUCGUUCAAGUCAACAGACUCACGGCACGCUAACCAGGUGGUGCAACUGAUCAAGACGAUGAGCAAGCAUGUGCGGCAGCGGGAGUCGGAGCGUGCUGAGAGAGCGACACUUGUCACGCAGGAGAAGCUCCAGCUCAGCAAGGGCCGCCCUCCGCGCCUGCCGGACCUCUGGAUCCGCCCAUCGUUCGGCGGGAAGGGGCGCAAACUCACAGGAUCACUGGAGGCUCAUCUGAACGGGUUCCGGUAUUCCACUGCCAAGCCGGACGAGAGGGUGGAGGUGAUGUAUGGCAACAUCAAGCACGCCUUCUUCCAGCCCGCAGAGAACGAGAUGAUCACCCUGCUGCACUUCCACCUGCACAACCCGCCUCACCCGCCUGACCCGUCCGGGGGAUUUGCAGUUGCCAUCUGUGGGGAACUAAAGCCCCUUCUGCCUCUCUUUCCCGCUGUUCCUGCUCGCGCCUUCCUUUACCCCCCCUCCCCUGUUUCAACACUCCUCCCCCCCUACCAGCCGGACGAGAGGGUGGAGGUGAUGUAUGGCAACAUCAAGCACGCCUUCUUUCAGCCCGCCGAGAACGAGAUGAUCACCCUGCUGCACUUCCACCUGCACAACCCCAUCAUGGUCGGCAAGAAAAAGACGAAAGACAUGCAGUUUUUCGCCGAGGUCAUGGAGGUCGUCCAAACAGUGGGCGGCUCGCGCCGCUCGGCUUACGACCCGGACGAAAUCGAGGAGGAGCAGAGGGAGCGGGAGCGGCGGAGCAAGAUCAACCGGGAGUUCAAAUCCUUUGUCAGCGCGGUGCAUUCUCUCUGGGAGAAGGACCGCGAGCUUGCUCGUCUCGACCUCGAAUUCGACGUGCCGUUCCGGGAAUUAGGGUUUCACGGCGUGCCGCACAAGUCGUCCGCAUUCAUCGUACCGACGGUGAACUGCCUCGUGGAGCUUAUCGAGGUGCCCUUCCUGGUGGUCACUCUGAACGAGGUCGAGAUUGUGAAUCUGGAGCGCGUGGGUCUCGGGCAGAAAACUUUCGACAUGGCGAUUGUUUUCAAGGAUUUCAAGCGGGACGUGCUGCGGAUUGAUGCGAUUCCGAGCACGUCGCUCGACUCGGUGAAAGAAUGGCUGAAUUCGAUGAACAUCAAGUACUAUGAGUCGCGGCUGAAUCUCAGCUGGAAGGCUAUCCUGCAGAAUAUAAUGAGUGACCCCGAGGCGUUUCUAGCGGACGGCGGGUGGGAGUUUCUGAAUUUGGAAGCGUCGGAUAGCGAGGGGGAGGAGUCGGAGGAAUCGCAGGCGUACGAGCCGUCGGAUCUGGAGGAGGCUGCAUCCGACGAUGACGAUGACGAGAGCGAGGAUGACGAGAGUGUGGUGGAUAGUGAGGAGGAGGAGGGGGAGGAGGAGGAAGAGGAGGAGGAGGAGGGUCCGACGUCCUGA